UUUAGUUUCGUAGCCGAUAGUUGCUAGUCUUUGCCCCGCCCACUUAGUAGACACGUGUGUUUUAAGUUUGCAGCAUGGCUUCAUUGGCUAAGAAAAGGGCAGUAGGUUUUGGUGAAAAACCCGAGGAAAGUGACAACAGCUCCGAUGAGAAUCCAGAGGAGGAAGACGAUUCCGGAGAAGAGGACAGUGAGGCGUCAGAUGAGGAAAUUAAUGAGGAGGUCGUUGUAGACUUUGAAGCUCACACCAUCUCAGACAAUGACUUCAACGGCAUAAAGAAGCUGCUGCAGCAGCUUUUCUUAAAAGCUCAUGUGAAUACAUCAGAGAUGACAGACAUCAUCAUCCAACAAAAUCAUGUUGGAAGUGUCGUCAAGCAAGCUGAGGUGCCCGAAGACAGCGACGAUGAUGACGACCCAGAUGAAGUGUUUGGCUUCAUCACCAUGCUCAACCUCACAGAGAGAAAGGGUGUACAAUGUGUGGAGGAGGUGAAGGAGCUGAUUGUGGAUCAGUGUGAGAAGAAUGCUUCUCAUAUUGUGACAGAACAGCUGGAGAAGAUCUUUAAUGAUAACAGCAAGCCUGUGGGGCUGCUGCUAAGUGAGCGCUUCAUCAAUGUGCCUCCACAGAUUGCCCUUCCACUGCACAAACAGCUCCAGGAAGAAAUCGCUGAAGCUCAGAGGACAAAUAAGCCCAGUGGGAGGUGCCACUACUGCCUGAUUAUCAGCAAGACCUGUAGAGAAGAGACCAAGAGCAUCCCAGCCACAGGAGGAGCUCCCAAAGAGGAAUACAUGUUUGUCAAUGCAGAGGAGGAAUUCUUUUAUGAGCAAGCCAUCUUGAAGUUCCACUACACAGUCCAAGAAGAGGCAGACUCCUGUUUAAGUGGGAGGUGGUCAUUUACGGACGUGCCCAUGAAGCCUUUUAGGACUGUGAUGCUGAUACCCACAGACAGAAUGCCUGCCAUCAUGGAGAAACUCAAAGAAUAUCUAUCAGUGUGACCUUCACAAUAAACCAAGACACCUAUGGACACAGUGACAGCUUUCAAGCUUCUGAAAAACAUUCAGUAUAUUCAAUUUUUGUACAGUUGACUUUAGGAAUGCGUGUAUUCAUAUUUAGAAUAUGUAGGGUGAUAGUUUACCCAUUUUUAGAAAUUUUAAAGACAGUUUGUACAAAUUGUAAAGACAUAGGGAAUAAUCACAUACUUAAAUACUGGAAGAAACUACAUGCAACUGCAUAUCAAAGGUGUUUAUAGGAAGACUUCAAAAUGAGAUGAGUUUGGUGUUAAGUUGUGGUAAACAGAAGAAUGGGAGUAAUGGCUACAGAGCAAAUGAGUGGUAUUGUAACACUGUAGGUAUGUGGUUUUUAACAUUCAGCUACGUGUUUCAUCCCUUCAAGAGCAGACUUUCCUUGUAAGAUAAAUGAGCAAAGCACAGUUAUUCUGAGCAAGUUGUUUCAUACGUAUUUCAGCUUUAAAAUCAGAUCCUUGGAUGUGAAGGUAUACUGGCAU